AUGGCUGCUGCGUCGCUCGCAUCGUGCUCGACAGUCGUGCCAGCUCUGGCGGGGGCGGCGGGAAUUGAGGAACGUUCGACGCGAGCCUUAAGAAACGCCUGCAGCCGCUCCCUCGCACCCAGGCGCGUGAGGUCGUUGGUGGCGGAAGCAGCAACGAGCGAUUCACGGCGAGAGGCGUCGCGCGACGACGGCAGCAGCGCGGACACGAGCGGUCGCCGUGCCUUCCUCGCCCUUUCCACCGCCUCCGCUGCCGCCUUGCUGAGUUCCCCGAUUCCAGCGCAUGCUGUCUCCACCAGUCGCCGUGCCAAUCAAGGGGCGCGCAUCCCAGAGGAGGAGUACACAACACUGCCGUCAGGGCUCAAGAUCUAUGACAUCAAGGUCGGCUCAGGGCCGUUGGCCAAGCUGGGAGAUCGAGUCACGGUGCACUACGUGGUGCAGUGGAAGGGCAUCACGUUCAUGACGAGCCGGCAGGGCAUGGGCGUGACAGGCGGCACGCCCUACGGCUUUGACCUGGGCUCUAGCAGCCUCGGCAUGGUGCUCAAGGGGCUCGACCAGGGUGUCGAGGGCAUGCGCGCUGGUGGUGUGCGUCAAAUGAUAGUGCCUCCGGAGCUGGCAUAUGGCGAUCGAGGCAUUCAGGAGAUCCCACCCAAUGCCACUCUCCAGAUGAAUGUGGAGCUCCUGGCAGUGAAGCAAAACGCCUAUGGCACACCCGUCAAGCUUAUUGAGGUGAGCGACGACUACAUCCCGUGCCUGGACAACACGCGGGCGAUCAAGAAGCUGCGCACCACCAAGCAGUACCAGCACCGCGAGCGCCACUGCCCAAAUCCCCAGGAAAUGCCGCGCUGCGUCGUGCCCAUGCCCGAGGGCUACAAGCCGCAUGUCCCGUGGCCCGAAAGCCGCGAUGAGAUCUGGUUCAACAACGUGCCGCGAACAUCCCUGGCGAACUACAAGGCGGACCAGAACUGGCUCAAAGUGGAGUCGGACCGCUUCGUCUUCCCCGGCGGCGGCACGCAGUUCAAAUACGGCGCCGCGACGUACAUCGCGUGGCUGGAGCAGGUUCUCCCGGAGCUCGCGUGGGGGCGCCGCGUGCAAGUCGCGCUCGACAUGGGCUGCGGCGUCGCGAGCUUCGGCGCGUAUCUGGACGCGAAGAGCGUCAAGGUGUUGUCCGUGGCGCCCAAGGACGAGCACGAGGCGCAGGUGCAGUUCGCGCUCGAGCGCGGAGUUCCCGCGCUGGUCGGCGUGAUGGGCACGCUGCGCCAGCCGUUCCCCGCGAAUUCCUUCGACGCCGUGCAUUGCGCGCGGUGCCGCGUGCCGUGGCACGCCAACGGCGGGAUGCUGCUGCUGGAGCUGAACCGACUCAUCCGCCCGGGGGGCUAUUUCAUUUGGUCCGCGACUCCCGUGUGUCUUGAGUGUAAGGCGUUUGAGCCGGAUGAUCGCGAGGUGUGGGCGGCCAUGGAGGAGCUUACAGCGCGUAUGUGCUGGACGCUGCGCGCCAAGCGCGUGAACAUGACGUUCGGGAUCGGAGUGGCGGUUUGGCAAAAGCCCACCGACAAUCGCUGCUACCGCCACCGCCCCAAUAACUCGUCGCUUGCGCCGCUGUGCUCGACCGCGGAUGAGCCCGAUGCUUCCUGGUACGUACCGAUGCAGUCGUGCAUGCACCGCGUGCCCAUGGACCGGGACGCGCAGCACGGCUCGGAGUGGCCCGCGGACGGCGCGGAACGGCUCACCGCGGAGCCGGUGUGGCUGGACGGCGCGGCGGAAGCAAUGGAGAGCCGCGCGGUAGUGGAGGCGGAGGAGCUGCAGCAGGAGAGGAUUGCGGGCGUGGAUGGGGAGUGGGAUGGGGGGAGGAGAAACGGAGAGGGGAUUGGGUAUGGAGGGUACGGGGGGUUCAGCAACGAUACGGAACGGUGGCAACGGGUGCAGAGGACGUAUGAGCGGCGGAUGGGGUUCGACUGGAGCACCAUUCGCAACGUGAUGGACAUGGAUGCUCGCAUGGGCGGGUGGGGAGCAGCGUUAGCAGCCACGGGCAAGCCGCUGUGGACGCUCAACGUGGUGCCGACAUCGCGGCCCGACACUCUCCCCUUGGUGUUUGAGCGCGGGCUGUUAGGCGUAUACCACGACUGGUGCGAGUCGUUCAGCACAUACCCGCGCACCUACGACCUGCUGCACGCGCACCACCUGCUGAGCCACCUCGACAAGAACCACCGCCGCGGCUGUGACGUGGUAGAUGUGAUGCUGGAGAUUGAUCGUAUGCUGCGGCCCAUGGGGUACGUCAUUAUACGCGAGACCAACGCCACGGCAGCCGUGGUGGAAUCAGUAGCAGCGGCGCUGCACUGGAAGCCGCUUGACAGUUACAAGCGCAACACAGACGACACUGUGCUCGCGUUUCAAAAGACCAUGUGGAGGCCUGUGGUAGAGGCCACGGAGGAGUAA